AAACACACCGAACAAAUAUUUUCUCUUCAUGUCCAAAAAAAAGAAAAAUAUAAAAAGUUUCCCUCUACAAAUCUGAGUUGGAUUUCCGCUUCGAUCGAGCGAUUCCUCUUUCCCUCUGUCUUCUCUUCUUAUGUUCAAUACUACCCUUGGAAACCCACAAGGUAGCUUUUCAGGUGGGAGACAUUGCUUUUCAUCCUCACACCAACCUUCAGUGAACAGCAUCCGAGCUUUUACCAUCAUAGAAAAGCACAAUGAAUGUUAGGUUGUUGACGAAUUUCACAACUAUUUGGGUCUUUCUAUUUGCGUUUUUAUAUCAUCUCAAUCUGGAAGAGAUGUCAUGUUGAUUGAUAUCAGCGAAGGAAACCCACUUUCAAAUCUGCUUGAUGGCAAUGCCUGAAAUGAUUUUGAGUGCUGCUUCAGAAGGUUAUUUUCUUUCUUGAUGCUACUUCAAUAAAAGAUGGAGGAAAAACAUGAGGGAGUUGAAGAUGUUGAGAGUGCCUCUAGUGAUUCUUUUAUAAUUGAUUCGGAUGAUGAUGAACCAUCACUAUUGGGACAAGAUGAUGGAUUGCAUUUUGAGCAGUCUUUGACUGAGAAGGAAAUAGAAGAUCUGAUUUCUGAGUUUUUGGAGGUUGAGAGCAAGGCUGCAGAGGCUCAAGAAACACUUGAAAAGGAGUCUCUUGCUAGAGUGGAGAGUGAAGUGAGAGAGGAGCUGGCACAAACUCUUCAGGGUGAUGAUUUGGAGACGGCUGUUGCAGAUGAAAUGGCUACGUUUACAGAGCAAUGGGAAGGUGUUUUAGAUGAAUUUGAGAGUGAAAGUGCACAAUUGUUGGAACAACUUGAUGGGGCUGGUAUUGAUUUACCCAGCCUUUGUAAGUGGAUUGAGAGUCAAGUUCUGAAUGGUUGCUCUACUGAAGCUUGGAAAAGAAGAUCGCACUGGGUAGGAUCUCAAGUGACUAGUGAAAUUUCUGAGUCUUUAGCUGAUGCUGAGAAGCAUCUUCAAACCCAGAGGCCUGUAAGGAGGAAACAUGGUAGACUAUUGGAGGAGGGUGCUAGCGGAUUUCUUCAAAAGAAGCUUUCGAGUGAUGCUAGCCAGGAGGCAGUAACACAAAGCUCAGACAUGGACUGGAGCUCAUUCAUGAAAAUAUGUUCUGAUGGUUUAACUGAGGAUGGUGCCUGUUUUGGCAGUAAGAACUGGGCUUCUGUCUACUUGGCCAGCACCCCGCAGCAAGCUGCAUUAAUGGGACUUAAAUUUCCUGGAGUCGAUGAGGUGGAGGAGAUUGAAGAUAUUGAUGGCAGUUCAGCUAAUCCGCUGGUUGCAGAUGCCAUAGAAAAUGAAAGAGAUAUGAUUCUUUCCGAAGAGCAAAGGAAAAAUUUUAGAAAGGUCCAAGAGGAGGAUGAUGCAAAUAUUGACCGGAAGUUUCAUCUGCGUUUGAAACAGAGGAGAUGUCAAAGGAGAUCUAAACAGGUGAUAGAAAGCAACUUAGAUCAGUUCCAGCCUUUAGAAGACGAUUCUAACUCAAUUUCAAACAAGGAAAAUCGAGAAGAUAGGGAAGGUGUCCCUAAUAAUGAAAAUGGGGUUGCUUAUCAGGGUUUGAAGACUGAUGUGCUCGAAUGUUUUGAGUCUUGUAAGCUGGACAGGACACUGUCUGGUGCUAAUGGCAUGCCCUCAGGGCAUGUUGAGUCAGAUAUGUCUGAUUCUGGUAAACCCAUAGGGUCCAAGCGUUCAAAUGAAGAUAUGGAGGGUAAUGACAAUAAUAAGAAGGCCCGAACUGUUAUCAUAGCUAGUGAUGAUGAAACUGAUAUUAUGGUGAAGGAUGAAUUGAUUUCCUCCAAAUUGGAGGAUCAGUUUACUUUGCCAGAAAAAAAUGAUGAUGCUGUUGAGAUUGAAUCUAAUUCUUCACAGCUUAUGACUGAGAAAUUUAAUUGUACUGCUUGUCAUAAAUUGGCUAUUGAAGUGCAGCAACAUCCACUUCUUAAAGUAAUUAUUUGCAUGGAUUGCAAAUGCUUGCUGGAAGAAAAGAUGCAUAUGAAGGACACUGAUUGCUCAGAGUGUUAUUGUGGAUGGUGCGGACAAAGCAAUGACUUAGUAAGUUGCAAGUCAUGCAAAACAUUAUUUUGUACCAAGUGUAUAAGGAGGAAUAUUGGUGAAGAAUUCAUGCUUGACGUCCUGGCCUCUGGUUGGCAAUGUUGUUGCUGCUUGCCAAGUCUUUUGCAAAAAUUAACAUCAGAACUAGUGAGAGCAAUGGGAUCUCAAGAUACAAUAGUUUCUAGCUCUGAUAGUGAGUCAGAGAAUUCAGAUACCAACAUUAAUACUGCCAUCAGCUCUAAGAGAAAGCGGAAAAAGAAAAUUAGAAGGAUCCUUGAUGAUGCUGAAUUAGGAGAAGAGACAAAGAGGAAAAUUGCAAUAGAAAAGGAACGGCAAGAGUGCUUAAAGUCAAUGCAGUUUUCUGCAAAAUAUAACAUGAUGAACUCUUCAAGCUGCACUACAAACUUAUUAAAUGAGGCUAGUGUAGAGGUGCUUGGUGAUGCCAUUACUGGUUAUAUAGUGAAUGUGAGGAGGGAGGAUGGUGAAGAAGCUGUAAGGAUUCCUCCAAGCAUAUCAGCCAAACUGAAAGUCCAUCAGAUAGCAGGGAUCCGAUUUAUGUGGGAAAACAUUAUACAGUCAAUCACAAAAGUGAGGUCUGGGGAUAAAGGUCUUGGUUGCAUUCUAGCUCACAUGAUGGGCCUUGGUAAAACUUUUCAGGUUAUAGCUUUCUUGUACACUGCAAUGAGAAGUGUUGAUUUGGGAUUAAAAACUGCACUUAUCGUCACUCCUGUAAAUGUGCUGCAUAACUGGCGGCAGGAGUUCAUGAAGUGGAGGCCUUCAGAAGUAAAGCCCCUUCGUGUCUUCAUGUUAGAAGAUGUGCCAAGGGAGAGACGGGCAAAAUUGCUUACCAAGUGGAGAACUAAAGGUGGAGUUUUUUUGAUUGGCUAUGCUGCUUUUCGAAACUUGUCUCUGGGAAAGCAUGUGAAGGACCGACACAUGGCUAGAGAUAUUUGUGAUGCUCUGCAGGAUGGGCCUGAUAUACUAGUUUGUGAUGAAGCCCAUACUAUUAAGAACACCAGGGCUGAUACAACCCAGGCCUUGAAACAAGUGAAGUGUCAGAGGAGGAUUGCCUUAACUGGAUCACCACUUCAGAACAAUCUCAUGGAGUACUACUGUAUGGUUGAUUUUGUAAGAGAAGGUUUUCUUGGAAGCAGCCAUGAGUUUCGGAACCGUUUCCAGAAUCCAAUAGAAAAUGGUCAGCACACAAAUUCAACGCAUGAAGAUGUGAAAAUUAUGAAUCAAAGGUCUCACAUCCUUUAUGUGCAAUUAAAAGGAUUUGUUCAGAGAAUGGAUAUGAGUGUGGUGAAAAAAGACUUGCCUCCUAAAACUGUCUUCGUUAUUGCUGUAAAGCUUUCUCCACUACAGCGGAAGCUUUACAAGAGAUUCCUUGAUGUACAUGGUUUUACAAAUGACAGAGCUUCUAAUGAAAAAAUUAGGAAGAGUUUUUUUGCUGGUUACCAGGCCUUGGCUCAGAUAUGGAACCAUCCUGGGAUACUGCAAUUGAACAAAGAAGAUAGAGGCUAUAUUAGUCGUGAAGAUACUGCUGAAAACUUUCUUGCAGAUGAUAGCUUCAGUGAUGAAAAUAUGGAUUAUAAUGUGGCUGUUGGAGAGAAAACAAGGAAUAUGAAUGAUUCUCUUCAAGAGAAAAAUGAUUAUGGGUUUAUUCAAAAGGGUUGGUGGAGAGAUCUUCUUCAUGAAAAUAAUUAUAAAGAGCUUGAUUACAGUGGCAAAAUGGUUUUGCUGCUUGAUAUCAUAACCAUGUGUUCAGAUGUGGGUGACAAGGCACUGGUUUUUAGUCAGAGCAUUCCAACUUUAGAUCUGAUAGAACUAUAUCUUUCAAGAUUACCCAGACGUGGAAAAAAGGGGAAGUUCUGGAAAAAGGGGAAAGACUGGUAUAGGCUGGAUGGAAGAACAGAAAGUUCUGAAAGGCAAAGGUUGGUUGAGAGGUUUAAUGAGCCAAUGAAUAAAAGAGUCAAGUGUACUUUGAUCUCUACCAGAGCUGGAUCUCUUGGGAUUAAUUUAUAUGCUGCAAACCGUGUAAUUAUUGUUGAUGGAUCUUGGAACCCUACAUAUGAUCUUCAAGCUAUAUAUCGGGCUUGGAGAUAUGGCCAGACAAAGCCAGUGUUUGCCUAUCGAUUGAUGGCACAUGGGACUAUGGAAGAAAAAAUUUAUAAGCGUCAGGUGACGAAAGAAGGUCUUGCUGCCAGGGUGGUAGAUAGACAACAAGUACAUAGGACCAUCUCUAAGGAGGAGAUGUUACAUCUGUUUGAAUUUGGUGAUGAAGAGAAUUUUGAUUCUUUGAUGGAACUUAGUGAAGAGAAUGGAAAUCAAAACGUGACUUGUGAAAUUGGAAAGUCACUGAAGCAGAAGAUGCCUCCUUCUCAUGGAAGCUGUUCCUCUGACAAAUUAAUGGAAAGUUUACUCGGCAAGCAUCAUCCAAGGUGGAUUGCCAAUUACCAUGAACAUGAGACCCUUUUGCAAGAGAAUGAAGAUGAAAAGCUCUCAAAGGAGGAGCAAGAUAUGGCUUGGGAAGUCUAUCGGAAAACCUUAGAAUGGGAGCAGGUGCAGCGAGUAUCCCUUGAUGAAUCUGCAGUAGAGCGCAAGCCUGUUGUUCCAGAUGUCGCCCCUCCUAAACCAGAGCCCGAGAUGGUUAACCUUACACUACCCAAGGGUAUUUUCAGGAGUCGGAUUGUGCAACGGAAAUGCACUAAUCUUGCCCACCUCCUCACUCUUAGAAGCCAGGGUACAAAAUUUGGUUGUAGUACUGUAUGUGGGGAAUGUGCCCAGGAGAUAAGCUGGGAGAACUUAAAGAGGGACAGCAAAAUGGCAAGGUAACAAAUAGAGAUCAAUUUUUUGUUCAUGGUCUAUCAAAUGUAAUUUGUUGUGACUGUACGUGCCAGCUGAUAUGAUUUCAGUUCAAUCUCCUUUUGAACACAAUAUAUAUUUUUUGGGGCCCCGUUAUUGUUGCCCGUUUACACAGGAUCUUUUUGUUUCUAUUUCUUUGGGGGAUGGGGAUGGUUGGUUGAAAUUCUGUUAUGAAGAACUUGAUAAAGUUUAAAUUUUUGAAGGGCAGGUGUGGGAGGCAGUGUAAAUUUGAACUGACAGGAAUUUGCCCUCUGGGUAUCUGAGUUUUAGGAUCCAUUUUAAUGAAAUGA